AUGACCUAUGCUUAUAUAAGUAUUACAGAAUUUCGAUGUACAAAUAAAAAUUCAAGUGAAGCACAAAAAGUUGCUUUGAAGUGCCCUCCAAAUUAUUACAUCAAUGUGAAGGAGGCGCUUUAUGGGAGAAACCAGUGGGAUGAAUGUCGGUAUUUUGUCGGAGACUGUACAGAAGUGUUCAAUGUUGACGACCAGUGUUGUGGUAGAAACGACUGUGGUUUAGUUGUAAGAAAGAUUUACUCAAUAAAAUGUUUGGCUUAUGUAUCCUUCUUCAGAAUCAUUUACGAAUGUGAAACAGCUGAAGAAUCAACAUGUAGUGUAAAUGGAAACACUAUCAAAGAACCUGGAAAAGACAUAAUCAGAGAGCAAUCGAACGGACUUUCUCCUACGUCCCCUGAUUUUGUAAAUCCAACAUCAAACUCGACAGCUGUAUCAAAAGAUGUUUUUAUCAUUGUCGGUUCUGCAGUCACUGUGGCCUUUCUAUUAGCAGCUAUUACAGCAGCAAUUUUCUUUCUAAGGAAAUACCAAUGGCAUGGUGAAAAGCAAUGUCUUCUGGAACUAUUUGUGGGACUUUUUAAGCGUCAUCCUCCAGAUGGAUGUGAUUAUCCGAAAGAAACAAAUGUUAACAUGGGAGAUAAAAGUCCUUCCAACGAGAUCCAACAGGUUGUUACCAUAGAAACCAUUACAAAUGCUGGCACAAUAAAUAUAAACAACAAAAUUAAGAGUCAAAGACCAGCCAAUCAACUAGAUACAAUACCGUAUAACAGCAUAAAAACAUGUGAGAAAACAAACCCACACAUUGCUGACUGUGUUAUUACUGAUGAUCCUGUAUAUGGUGAAAAAGUUCAAAAUGUUCAGAUCAACAAUAUAUGUUAUGACAGUCAAUCAAUCCAUGGAAUGCAUUCUGUGCAUUCAACAGCAGAAGGUAUUUUUACUGAUGUGUAACAUCAGAUCAACACUAGAAUAAUCUGAGUACAGCAUAAUUUGAUUCAACAGUAUGCUACCUUCAACUUAUUGGGUCACGUGUCCGGUUUACUGAAGGUUUCAAUAUUGAAGUCAUGACAUUUAUUUAGCAUUUACAUCUUGCCAUUUUUAGUGAUCAUAUGUUCCAAUGAACCGAUGCCUUAAUCAAAGACUUGUUGUGAAUAGAAUCAGGUUGAUCUAAUGUGAACAAGCAAACUAACAAGCUUACUACAUGUUCGGCGUCAUUCUCUUUAUUUUAAAUGUAUCUAAUUGCUCCUUUUAGAUUGUUUUUUAUUGCAUGUGUAAAGGUGUAAAGGGGGUAUUUUUACAACAAGCUUGCCACUUCUUGUGUCAUGUUCUCGUGCUUGAAGAAUUAUUUUUCGUUCAAAAUAAAUCUUGAACACUAUCGUAUACUACACAGAAUAUCAAAGUUAAUGUUUGUUUGAUUAUCAAAUAGACAUGACUUACUGUUCAGUGGUUGUCGUUUGUUGAUGUGGUUCAUAAGUGUUUCUCGUUUUUUAUAUAGAUUAGACCGUUGGUUUUCCUGUUUGAAUGGUUUUACACAAGUCAUUUUUUGGGCCCUUUAUAGCUUGCUGUUUGGUGUGAGCCAAUGCUCCGUGUUGAAGGCCGUACUUUGACCUAUAAUGGUUUACUUUUACAAAUUGUGACUUGGAUGGAGAGUUGUCUCAUUGGCACUCAUACCACAUCUUUUUAUAUCUAUGACUUACUGUCCAAUUUGGUAUGAUUGCAACUAAGACAAAUCUCCACCAGAGACCGAAUGGCGUAGAAGUUUAAAACAACUGUAUGUCACCGUUCGGCCUCCAACAAUGAGCAAAGCGCAAACCGCAUAGUAAGCUAUAAAAGGCCCUAAUAUGACAAAUGUAAAACAAUUCAAACGAGAAAACUAACAGUCUGAUUUAUGUACAAAACAAUAAACAAGUAUGAUAUACAGCAACAAACGACAACCAAUGAAUUACAGGCUCCUUUAUAGUUUCUGAGACUACGUAAGCCUUUUUUUUCCUGCUGAAGUCUGCUAUUACUUUAUUGAUUUUUAUUGAUAAGAUAUGAGCCUAAC